AAUAAUCAACACUUUGAAGCUCAUAAACUUUCUGAUGCUGGUGGUAAGCCAUGGCGGCAGACGAUAAAGUUGCUAUCUUAACUGAUGAUGAAGAGGAACAGAAGAGAAAAUAUGUGCUUGCUGAUCCCUUUAAUGGCAUUUCCAGGGAACCAGAACCACCUUCAAAUGAAACACCCUCCUCCACAGAAACAUCUGCUGUUCCCCAGGAAGAAAUAGACUGGAUAGAGAAACAUUGUGUUAAAAUAAACAACGAUCUUCUAAUUUCCAAGGUCUUUUACUUUUUCUUUUAUUCUGCCUAUGGCUCUCUUUACCCGCUUUUGCCUGUGUAUUAUAAACAGCUGGGAAUGUCACCAAGCCAGAGUGGACUGCUAGUAGGUAUUCGAUACUUCAUUGAAUUCUGCAGUGCUCCCUUUUGGGGUGUAGUUGCAGAUCGCUUUAAAAAGGGCAAAAUUGUCCUCCUCUUUUCUCUUUUAUGUUGGGUUUUAUUCAACCUGGGAAUUGGAUUUGUCAAACCUGCUACAUUGAGAUGUGUACCAAAGAUCCCCCCAACAGCUCACCCCACCAAUGCAAGUCACCUGUUAACCAUCCUGCCAACAAAUUCUUCCAUUAUCUCUUUCCUUACCACAUCACCAAAAAUGCGUGAGAAGAGGAACCUGCCUCCUUCCAGUUGGCCAUCAAUGUUAGAAACAGGGCCCAAUAUCUCAGAUGCUUUUAUCUUUUCAACACCUCCAAACAAGAGCAGUGAACCCACCCUGCAGCCCCAGACAGAUGAAAUUACUGACCAUAUUAUGGACUUGACAUUGAACCCAAGCAUAGCAACCUCUGCCCCCCCAGGAAAUGUAACCAGGGAGACAACCACUGUUAUGGUCACUACCACCAAAUCUUUACCUUCCAACCAAGUCGCUCUUGUUUAUGAUCAACAAGAAGUUGAAGCUAUAUUCUUAGUGAUCUUGGUAGUUGUCAUCAUAGGAGAAUUUUUCAGUGCCUCUUCUGUCACGAUUGUAGACACAGUAACACUCCAGUACCUGGGAAAACACAGAGACCGCUAUGGAUUGCAGCGCAUGUGGGGCUCGCUGGGCUGGGGCCUGGCUAUGCUGUCCGUGGGCAUCGGCAUCGACUACACCCACAUAGAAGUGCUCAUCGAUGGAAAGGGGUGUAAGCCCCCUGAGUACCGGAACUACCAGAUCGUCUUCAUUGUCUUUGGAGUUCUUAUGACCAUGGCCUUGAUCGUUGCUACUCAGUUCCGGUUCCGGUACAACCACUUCAAAAACGACGACGAUAAAGGGAAAGAGGUUGAGAUCCCUCAGGUGGAGAGGAACACCUCCACAGAGUCCUCUGAGGAGACACCAACCACCACAAGCCACUUGCAGACCUUCAAUUUUUGGGACUUAAUCAAACUGCUUUGCAGUGUCCAGUAUGGCUCCGUGUUGUUCGUGGCUUGGUUUAUGGGUUUUGGAUACGGCUUCGUGUUUACCUUUCUCUACUGGCAUUUGGAAGACCUGAAUGGAACUACAACCCUUUUUGGGGUCUGUUCAGUCCUGAGUCAUGUGUCUGAGCUGACAGCUUAUUUUUUUAGUCACAAGCUUAUUGAAUUGAUUGGCCACAUCAGGGUUCUAUACAUUGGCCUGGCCUGUAAUACAGCUCGCUAUAUUUAUAUUUCCUACCUGGAAAAUGCCUGGACUGUUCUCCCCAUGGAAGUUCUUCAAGGAGUGACACAUGCGGCCAUCUGGGCAGCAUGCAUUUCUUACCUCAGUGCGGCCGUCCCUCCUGAGCUGAGGACGUCUGCCCAGGGCAUCCUGCAGGGCCUUCACCUGGGUCUGGGGAGAGGCUGUGGUGCCAUGAUCGGAGGCGUGUUAGUCAAUUAUUUUGGGGCUGCUGCGACCUUCCGAGGAAUUGGCAUGGCCUGCCUGGUGAUCCUUCUGCUCUUUGCCCUGAUCCAGUGGCUGGCAGUGCCAGAAGAGGAUGAAGACAAGACAAUGUUGGCAGAAAGGAUUCCUGUUCCCUCCAGUCCCGUUCCCAUAGCAACCAUCGACUUGGUACAGCAACAGACAGAAGAUGUCAUGCCACGCAUUGAGCCCAGACUUCCGCCCAAGAAAACCAAGCACCAGGAAGAACAGGAGGAUGUGAACAAACCAGCCUGGGGGGUCAGCUCUUCUCCCUGGGUGACCUUUGUCUACGCACUCUACCAAAUUAAAGAGAUGAUGCAACUAGCAAGAGACAACCGUGCUUCUGAGAUACAGCCUUUACAGGGGACCAGUGAGAAUCAGGAAAAUUCUCUAGCUGGUAGAGCCCAUCCCAUUGCAUGUGAGACUCACUCUGACCCAUCUAGAGACCAGCCAUCCCCUAAUGCAGACCAGACACAGACCAGCCCCACUCAACCCGGUGUGGAUCCACGCGUGGAGAAGAGUGCCGGGCAGCAGGCUCAGCCUGCCGCAGGAGGACACUGAGGGCGUCCUGCUCAUCUCACACCCUGCAUGGAAUUGGGCUCCUUGGCCAGGACACAGAGGGCAAGGCCCCCAAGCCAGGACAUGCUUCCUCCAGAGGAGCACAGCACUGCAUACGCUUCUAAGUAUCUAAACUCAUUAACAUGGAAACACAUACACACAGGAGCUACAGUACAUAUUGGCAAGGAAAAGGUCAACUUCAUAAUCUCAUUGGAAGUACAGAAGGGAAAAGGAUGUCAGUGAGGACUCUCCGUUCUUUGACUGGUUAGGUUAAACUAAAGAGGACAGGACUUCUCUGCCAGUGCAGUAAGAGUUGAAACUAGCAGUUACACUAAGUGGAGGAAAUGAAAGUGUUCCAAGGUGAAUGUUGAUAUAAUUUCCUUCUUCUGAUUAUUUAUUCUAAUUAUUUGAUUCUUAAUGCAAACUGGGAGGAAACAGAAUACACCCAUAAUAAUUUUGUUUCUGUAGAAGAAAACCAUUUAAAAAAUUACAAGAACUAUUUAAAAAGUAACCAGAUAAAAGUAGCAUGUUUUUGUCUAAAGAAAAAAGUUAAGUUUCAUCAGAAACUUUGCAUAUCUCUAGCAAAUAUAUUUUUAUAUGUAUGUGGUAUAUAAUGAAAAUAGUCAAUCCUUUGAGCAGCAAAAGGUUUUACUACUGCAAGCUAAGCUGAGCUUUAAUAUGCCUUUUGUUUUAAAUGGGCUUUAAGAAUGACCAGAAAUGAGGAAAUAUUUCAAAUAAACCAACCAACUCAGUAUCCUGUGUCUUGAUAGGCAAUAGGCAAGAGUUUACUAAACAUAUUGACAUUAUAAAUAGCCUCUAUCACUGUUUAUUUUAUAGUGAUGUGGGCUCUAAUUAGCUGAUGGAAUAAAAAAAAAAUCACUGAAUUCUUGAGGUUUCCUUUAAUUAAAGCAGUACUAUUUACAAAUAACAGUAUAAGAUUUAAGUGCCUGGGAGAGAAAUACAAUUUUUAAAAAUUACACAGUACAUCAGUUUUGUUUCUGGUGAAGGGAAAAGGUAGUAAAUAGGAAACCAGGAAUGGGAGGGAUGGGAAUAAGAAGUAACUGUACUUUGCAAUGACUCAAGCAACAAAUCCCAGUAUAUUCUUUUCCCUUAAAGACACAGACACUGGACAGUUCAGAUAUGGAUAUGCAAAAUAUUGCAACUACAGUCAGAACAAUGGCUGGGUGAAUCACGCAUAAAGCUUGCUGCUACACAUGAAAAUGCAGGUUAACAGGGAGGCUGUGGAAAAGGGAACACUGCUUUAGCUGAAUGAAGGUUGGUUAUAUUGUGCAUAAUAGCUGUGGAUGAGCACAGGAGAGAGGAAAGAAAAGAACAAAGUUAGAAAUGAGCAACCCAUCUUACCCUCUGAUCCUGAUACCCUCUGAUCCUGAUGAGACAGGAUCAAUUGUAAAGUGAGGGCUUCUCCAUGACACCAUACUUCUGCCCAAUACUGCAUCUGGGAGAAGAAAUUCUACACUUGGAUAUCUAGCUUCACCACAAAACACAGCUUAAAAAAUAAAAAACUGAAAGAAAUAGAAUUAAGCAAAUAGUUAUUUUUGCACUUGAACAGAAAUGUACUGUACUGUAAGUUAUCAUGACUCAUUUUAAGUGACCUUUAAAAUCAGAUGUAUUUAUUAUGCUUGUGUAAUUAUAGAUAUAAAGCAAUGGGUGACAGGUUGAACCUCACCUAUGAAUGUACAGUAUGUGGAUUUGUGAAACUGACUGUAGGAAAUCAAACACUUAUACUGUACCUUGUGUUUACAGUCCUGAUUUAUUCCUUUGAAAAGCUUGCUGUUUUGGAAAUGCACAGUUGACAUGUUGAAAUAAAAAGAUAUACCAUUUUUAAAUAUUUCUUAAAUGAUAAAGAUGUGACCAAAUAAAAGUCCUGUAAUCUGUAAUGAAUGAGACCAAAUUCAACACGUCUUUGUUACACAACAUUUACUGUGAGAGCGGGCUUGAUCAUGCAGUAAUUUCCAGCCUUUUGAGGUGAAACCUUUAUGGGUUUGGGGACUUUGUGACAUUUUCCUUCUGUCCUCAAAGUUCCAUAUGCCACUUCAAAAACAUUAAAGUGAAUUUAAAUUGAA